AUGGAACAAGUAACUAAAUAUUUAAUUAUCAUCACCUCUUUAAUGACUGCAAAGUUAAGAUUCACGGAAAGUAAGAAUCAUGCUGUACCAAAUAUCACUAGAAAUCACUAUCCCAUACCGUACAUCAAUAUUUGUGAUAUAAUUGGUAGAUCAUCGAAAAUAUAUUGCUACUGCAACAGCAUGGACCCCGACAUGACCACGAGAGCUGACUGUUGGAUAUUCAGCGAAAUUAAAGAGGACGACAUGAUAUGGCCGAACUUUUCAACGCAGUCACAACUAGAAUACAUUACCUUUAAUGUACGAUCAGAAAAUGUCCUAACCUUCAUACCAACAAAAGCGAUUUCCGCAUUGGAUAAACUAAAACAGAUAUCUAUACAAUUUGGAACUAUAAAACGGAUACCACCGUACGCUUUUAAAAACUUGCCCAAGCUCCGCCAAAUAAUUUUGAAGUCUAACAAAAUCAACGUAUUGGAAAAAUAUUCGUUCUCCCACAUGAUGUCGCUAUCAAAUUUGAGUUUGGACGAGAAUGAAAUCACAGAAUUGAAUACCGACGUGUUCUUCGAUUUGCCAAACUUGCAGAUUUUGGAUUUAUCCUUCAACAAUAUAAGUUUGAUACACGAAGCUUGUUUUAAGCAUUUGAACAAUUUGAAAGAAUUAAACUUGGACAAUAAUUAUAUAUCAGUAAUUACAAAAGAGAUGUUGGAAGGGCUAGAAAAUCUUUCGAAAUUAAAUAUUAGAUAUAAUAAACUAACUAUGAUUGGGAAUCUUGCAUUUAGUGAUUCAUCGGGACUGAAAGAGUUGCUAAUUGAUAAUAAUGAUAUAGAAUAUGUUUCUGAGCGCGCAUUCGGUGGUCUAUCACAGCUGAGGAAACUCACUUUAUCAGGAAAUAGACUAUCGAAAUUUUACGAAGAUGUAUUGGAUGAAGUGAGAAAUCUAGUAAUUUUGGAUCUACGAGCUAAUUUGUUGGAAACAAUAUCGUAUGAAGCAAUACGAACGGUCGUGGAGAACGAUAAAUCAGCUUCAAUAGCAGUGUAUUUGGACGAUAACCCUCUCCACUGCGAUUGCCGGUUAUCUUGGGUAUAUUUAUUAAGAAACGAGACCAAACACAACGCUCUAAUAAACGCACUCGACAAAAUAUCAUGUAUCAUGGAACCCAACGGGCACGAAGGGGAAAAUAUAAAAGUGUACAACAAGAAUUUAUUGCCAGACGACAGUUACGACUAUUAUGACAUUAACAACAAUGAUUACAACAAUUUUAUUAAACCGACAACAAACGAUGGUCAGAAAUUAAUUAAUAUACCGAUAGAAACACUUCCCUGUCCGAAAGAAAUAAUGAAAUCAAUCGAAGAAACUUACGGGCAUCCGGUCCAGAAUGAGAUUAAGGUAAAAGCAUUCUCUGUAGCCAGUACGACCGGGCCAAACUUAAUAAUUAUUGUGUUGUUUGGCAAAUUGUUGUAUUAA